AUGGCCAACAUCCAAUCAGCCUCCGACCUGAAGAACCUCUCAGGCCUUGUAUCGUUCGGCCAUCCUCCUGUGGAUCUCUGCUUCAAGACAGCAGCUAACAAGACGAAGACAACUUUCUUGGAGCUAUUGGCAACCUACUGGUAUCCUCCUCACACUUGGGAGCGACCUGCGAUUAUGCCACUCGACCUUGUCUUCAAUAUCAGCGAACUAGGGAAUGCUAUCUUUGACAAUCCCAGGCGUAAUGAUCUCACGAAAUGCUUGGAAGUCUCUCGUUCACUGCGCCAUGCAGUGCGAUCAUCUUCGGCUGCUCAAUCACGUCUCGCGACCCUCCCUUUCGAGCCUGCAGACGGACUCUCCGACCGCGAUACUUGCUGCAUUCCAUUUCCAUACGGCCUUGAACGCCUUAUGAUCAUCACCAAGGAUGUCGUGCUGCCAUCGAAGCAGGGAGCGAAUGAGAACAUCCACAAGCAACCGAAACAUCGCAUCUUUGUCGACAUACACAUUCGACGUGAAGGCCAUGAUCCACACGACUUUGACAUUGUAGGCAGUUGGGCAGACAUGAAGCUUCCCGAUAUGCCAUCAUCCUUGACUUGA